AAAGAGGAGGAGCGGGCGGCGUUAAGACCGCGGGCGGCGCGAGGCUUCCUCGGGCGCGCCAAAGGCAGAAAGAAGCAGCAAGAAGCAAGCAAAGCAAGCAGCGCCUCCUCCUUCUCUUCCCUUUGCAACCGCGCCGUCGCCUUCUCCUCCUCUUCCUCCGGCACGUCAGCUCUUCCCCAGCCUCGAUGGAUGGAGCCUCCCUACCGCCCCCGGAGGUGCCGCUAUGUUUCUGAUUCACCGCUCGGCUGAACUCCCACACACAGUUAAUCCUCGUCCUCAGUCUUUCCCAUGGGCUCACCAGUAUCAUUUGUCUUAUCCAGGAUGGCCGCUUGUGGAGGCACCACCAAAAAUAGGCUCACGGUAAAUAAGCACGUCUGGGACUUUCUAACCAAGGAAAGCCCCGCCAAGCUGGUCAAGCUGAAAGAGGAAAACAAGGUGAGCAUCUUGAUCGAUGGCGAAACCUCGGAGAUCUACGUGCUCCAGAUCACCAUGCCUGCCCAUGGGCCCAGCAAUGGCCUCUACCUGGCCCGCAAGGCCCUCAAGGCUCUGCUGAAGGAGACUGAGAAGGAGCUGAAGAAGGCCCAGCGCCAGAGCGAGCUGAUGGGCUGCAUGGCCUUAAUGGAGAAGAACAGGGAGCAUGGGCCAGUCGAGCUCCAUCGCCGAGGGACUGGCUUGAUAUCCAGAGGGCAGCAGACCUCUGGGCCCAGGGUGGUCAGUGGGAGCGGAGGGGUCGCUGGCUGCUCACGGGGCGGGGAAGAGGAGCAGGACAGCCAAUGCCCCAUCUGCUUGGGGGAGAUCCAGAACAUUAAGACUCUGGAGAAGUGCAAGCACUCCUUCUGCGAGGACUGUAUCACCCGGGCCUUGCAGGUCAAGAAAGCUUGUCCAAUGUGCGGCCGUUUCUAUGGGCAGCUGGUGGGCAACCAGCCAGAGAAUGGGCGCAUGCUGGUCUCCAAGGACUCAAGUGUGCUGCUCCCUGGUUAUGAGAAGUACGGCACCAUCAUCAUCCAGUACGUCUUCCCACCUGGCAUACAAGGGGUGGAGCAUCCCAAUCCCGGCGUCCGCUACCCAGGUACCACCCGUGUGGCCUACCUACCCGACUGCCCUGAAGGCAACAAGGUGCUGGCUCUUUUUCGCAAGGCCUUUGACCAACGCCUCACCUUCACCAUCGGCACUUCCAUGACCACAGGACGAGCCAAUGUCAUCACCUGGAACGACAUCCACCACAAAACCAACUGCACAGGCGGGCCACAGCUGUUUGGCUACCCUGAUGCUACAUAUCUUGCCCGGGUGCAAGAAGAACUACGGGCCAAGGGUAUCACCAAUGACUGAUCUUAUGCCCUGCUCCCCUAUGUCCAGGAAUGGCUUGUCCUUUCUCCCAAGUCCAGCGGUUGUGGAUGGAGCAUUCUCACCUAUUGGAACCAACUGUCUCAUGAUAUGGUCUUGAUCCAGAGCACAGAGCCUGGUUAUUCAUAUUGAGAUAACAUUCCAAGUUGAAUCAGUUACCUGAAGAAUAAGGGAGCAGAGGUCUAUGGAAGUCUGUGUGUGCAUGAAUGUGUGUGCAAGCGAGAAAGAGUUGAAUGAAUGAAAAUCAACUGAACACCUGCCUUUGAAUUGGUUCCAGUAAGAAAAAGUUCAAGCCAGCCUACACACUGCACAGAAUGAGACAGUAGAGUUCUGGACUGUAUAAGCUCAGACUAUUUGGUAGAAUGGGAUCACUAUUUCAAAUGAUGCCCUCUUAAGUUCAAAAAGAAAUAGAACAGGCAACUUCCUGUGUGUAGUAAACAAGCAUAUCAGAGAGAGUCCUUUGUUGAAUCCUUCUCUAUUAUGUACUGGACAACUAUAUGCAGGAAUACCGUAAUUCAUAAUUGAAAAUAAUUGCCCUGGUAUCUCAUCUGACAUCACUUAAGUUCAGGAUUUCAUUAGCUGCAUAGUAAUAAUUGGCUCUUUGACCCAGAAAUAGGUUCAUGAAGAGACAAGCUAUAUUUGCUUGUUUGCAUUUCUGUCUCAUUGACGUUUCAAAACGGAGAAAAUGGGAGUUGUUUUGAUUUACCUCAAGAAGAGUGUGCUGUUGACAAGAGCUUCCCAACAUUACUUCCCUGCGCUCUUUCUCUCCAGUCUCCAUGCUCUCCAGGCAAAAGACUUGUGAGAUUGGCAGAAGGCUUGGAGCAGGACUACAGACAUGGAUGUUAGAUAAAGAAGGAGAAGGAGGUUCUCUUUCUCAUUUGGGUGCUCUGUUUAAUAUUAAAAUGAAGCCUUCCUAUCUGUGCUUUCGUUGUGUUCACACCCCUUAGUGAGCAUAUACAAAUGAGUGUGAACAGUUGAUGUGUGUGCGUGUGAAAAAGAAGUGAACAGGACAUUUCUUGUGAGCGAAAGGAAGCACUAUUGGGUUUUUAUAAACUAGGUCUCCCCAUUGUGAAGCUGCUUCAUACCCACCCUGUAUCUUUUGUCCUGCAUCCCCUAUUCUGCUCAAAGGGAUGCCAAAGUGGGGGUAAAUUUCCAGGUGCAUUUCCAUUGCAUCCUAUUCUUGCCCUUUAGCUUCUUUAGUCAUGCUACUAGAAUUUUGAACACUUGGAGAACUAGACUGUACGAAAUGGAAUAAAGCGACAGCUGAGUACACUUGUGAAAUUGUAGUCAUUUGGGCCCAGAAUGCUCAGCACUGAGGGUUUGCCUUAAACCUGGAUGAAAACUGGGGUGGUCCCAUGGAUUUCUUUGAAAUCACAGUGAUUGAAUGGAAAAGAGAGAGUAAAGUAUGUGAUGGCGCCGAGACCAUUACACGGCCUCUUACCUUGUUCUCUGCUACCUUCACUCCUCCCCCAACACCUUGGUUGGUCACUUGAAGUGCCCAGACAUCUGACGGUACACCUGUCUACUAUGUUGCUAAUCUCCAGGAUUGGAAUCAAGCAGAACUUUCUUCCAGAAACAUUGGACUGCCAUCCCUCCGGGUCGAGUUGGAGGGCAAUAGCUCGUUGACUCUGUUCGUGGACAUUAGACCACCAAGUUGACAUGUCUGGUUGAGGACAGUUGGCAAUCCCAUGGACCACGCCUCAUGUAUAUACCUUCUGUGCUGGCAUAUCGACCAUUGUGUAAUUAUUCCAGCCAUGUCGCACAGGGAAUAUCCUGAGUAUCAUUGGGAACUGGGCCUGGCCUUGGCUGGUCUGUAUGCUCCUGACUCAUGGCACCUACCUUGUUUGUUGAGUGUUUGGGGGGAUUGGGGGAAGGGGACGUCUCUUGGCUAACUGUUAAGCGUGUUGCCUCUGGCAAAGAUGAAUUCUGAUACUCACUUUGCCUUGUGAGAGCUCCCCUCAGAUGCACAGUUUGGAUGAAGGGGCUUUCUUUGCUGUUUCAAAAGAGUAACUGAAAAUAUGA